AUGCUGAUCAGUACAUCUGCUAUGCCUUUUUCACCUAUAUAUCGAAUUGAUGAUGAUUAUCAAAUUGAUGAUGAUUAUCAAAUAAAGACCAAUAUUGGUGAUGUUCAAACGCAACGUUUUCUUAGACAAUCUGUAAAACUAAAUUCAUGGCCAUAUAAACGUAAUUCUCCUCUAUGCGAUUAUCGCUUACAAUUUCGGCCACUCACAUUAACAACAGCCCUUUGUGCAUAUCGAAACAAUCAUAAAGAAGAAGAUCCAAAUUCAUUAAAUCCAUUCAAAUACGGUUAA